UCCACGUCUCAAUCACCAAUACGGCAUCGUCUUCGUGGUCGUUGCUGUUGUCGGCUUGGUAGUUAGCUCAGUUACAGGCCAUUAUUUGAUUUUGUUUGUUGACGGGCGCGACAACGACUAUUUGAGUGCUCGAUCCCAGCUCCGCCGACACGAAAACCCAAACGAGUUUGGUGAAAACGGGUCCGAUAAUUUACAAGCAGGCGUCGCCGCAGCUGCAACUGCUACAACUAUAACAACAACACCGACAGCUGCUGCAUUGGCAGCAUCGGUUGCGAUACAACGGUAGCAGUGGCACCACCAGUGACAGUGGCUAUCACAAUCGCAGAAGCGGUGGCAGUUAAUUGGCAUUCGCCUACUUGCAAAGCUUAUCUACGCGUAGACGCGCAAUAACCCCGUCGCAAAAGUGGCACCGAUCAUCGGCAGUGUUGUGUAGUGUAUAAACCGCGGCCUCAUCAAUGUCCUAUCCGGUUCCGGAAUCAUUUGCUAGUCAUAUACGACAUAUGGGAAAGGCUUGAACGGUGGCCAAUAGUGCCUGGUAGCCUAACGGUAAUGUGUUAUUAGUAUGCGAAUUAGUUCACAGUGGAUUCAACGAAUAAAAUGGCCGUUGGACCGACGGAGGGCAAGCAACCUCCCACAGAAACAUUUUCGCCUACACAUCAGAUUAUAGCACCCAGUCCCAUAUUGGCAGUGCCGACGCUCGCCUUCUCCGCCGCACAAGUGGAAAUUGUCUGCAAAACGCUGGAGGAUUCCGGGGACAUAGAGCGUUUAGCGCGCUUCCUCUGGAGUCUACCGGUGGCCUUGCCGAAUAUGCACGAGAUAUUAAAUUGUGAAGCAGUACUCAGAGCGCGAGCGGUUGUCGCCUAUCAUGUCGGAAAUUUCAG